AUGCAACCCCAUCCCAAGUAUUAUCGAAUCUCGUAUGUAAACCAAACUAACUCAAAAUCACAACUUAAAAUUGUGAUAAUCAAUAAUGUUAAAGAGACGCUAAUCUCGCAAAAUAACUAUUUAAAUUAUUCUAAUUUAUCCUGCAAUGGUUUAAAUAUGAUUAAAAAUAAGCAAAAAGAAAUUGAUAGAAUUGUGAUGCUAAUUGAUUAAAAAGCUGGGAAUUCAUAUGCUAAUAUCAAUAAUAGGAUGAAGAUAAGUUUUUUGAUGAGGAGUAUUGCAUUAAAAUAUUUAGAAAAUUGGUUUAUUUUGACUCCCUCAAAAAUAGAUCCAUAUUUUAUUUAGAUAGCUUUACUAUUCACAGCGCAUUUCUUCAUCUAGGAUACUUUUAUUACAAAAUAAAUGCUAUAAAUAUGUGCAGCACUUGCCACACAAGCUAAGAAAGAGUUUAAUCUAAUAAAAUCAUAUGAUGAGUUGAAUUAUAAGGUAUACAAUUGCAGUACUGCACAGAAAGCAAAUUCAUAUGCAGUAGCCAUAUACGCACGUAAGAUCCCACUAUAGUAGAAUUCUUAAACGAUAACCAAACACAAUCUAUUAAUGACAUGCUUAAUUGUUAACAAAUAUACACCAAUUUUGAGAAUCCUUUUACUUUGGAUUUACGUUUCGGGAUUAAUGUUAAAUUUAAUUUAAGAUAAGAUUUUAGGUACCACAUUUGCAAUUGCAUAAAUACUGAAAAGGGAAAUCCAUACUGCAGAUAUUGUUGCAGUAUUAAUCAUAAAUAGUGAUGUUAUAUAAUCACUUGCUAUUUUUUAAGGUAACUGA